ACGCAUCCUCUUCCUCACUCCACAUCGUCUAGAUUAUGGCUUCUCUUACUGCCUUUGUUUUUCUCUCAAUCCUCCUCCUCCUCCAUCCCACCACAUCUUUGGGAAGCUGCUCAUCAUCUCAUCUUGCUUCUGCCGAUGAAGAGUUGUGCAAAGGUGUGGCAUGUGGAAAGGGGAAAUGCAAGCCUUCUCAGAAUAGUACGUUUCCUUUUGAGUGCCAAUGUGAUGCUGGGUGGAAACAGACUCGUGUCGAUACUGAUGAUCAUCUCAAGUUUCUCCCUUGCGUGAUCCCCAACUGUACACUUAACCACGGUUGUGCAGCAGCCCCUGCCCCUGUCCAGGUCGAAGGAACUCACGCUAAUUCAUCAGUUCUUGAUCCCUGUCACUGGGCUGAUUGUUGAGGCGGCUCGUGCAAUAAGACAUCGACCUUUACGUACAACUGCGUUUGUGCAGAGGGUUUCUAUAAUCUUCUUAAUGUCUCUGGCUUCCCAUGCUUCCACAUAUGUGCAAUUGGUCACGAUUGUGCAAGCCUUGGCAUCUCCAUGGCAAACAAGUCUAGAGCUUCAGCUCCUGCGUUAGCCGUUAAUGGUAAUAGGCUAAUAGCCAAGGUGAGGUUAAUUGGCGCUUUAAAACCGUGUAUAGAAUCUUUCUCUUAGUUCUACCUUACAAAUCAAACAUGCUUUUAUUCAUUCUCACUACUAGAAUAUAUCAAGGAUAUAGUGCUGUGUAUUUUAAUUUGCUUGAUUAAUUAAAACUUGGACGACUUUUUGUCACUUGCAGCGGUCUCAAACCUACUCGGAGAUUACCAUUGGUUUAUAAUCCUGUUUUUGUCGCUUGCUAUGGUUAACUGACUCAAUGUUUCGUUGGGUUCCCCACAUUGUUUCAUUAUG